AUGAUUUUAUCAACGAAUGAAAAUCAAUUCUAUUCUCAAAUACAAUCAAUAAUAAUUCAUUUGUUAUCAACAAUAUUUGUAACACUUAUUAUUUCAAUAGGACUUGUAACAUCAACACAAAUAUCAGGUUAUCAUUUACAAAAUGUUUAUUUUUCUGUUGAUAAAAAUAGUUGUACAUGUGAUUGUUGGGAUGGAUUUUUUCGUGGUAAAUAUGGACGUGGUGGUUAUAAAAUAUUUUAUUUUAAUUAUGAAAAACAAAUAAUUAUUUUAUUAUGUAUUCUUAUUUUUUAUAGUGAACUUUUACGUCAAUAUUUAUUAAAAAUACUAUUUAGAAAACAAUUUAUUUUAUUAUUAUUAAUUCCAUCAGUUUAUUCAAAUUUUUAUGGUGCAUGGACAAUUAUUAAUUAUAUAAAUGAUAGUGAUUAUUAUCGAAUGUUAAAAUCACAAAUAUAUUUUUCAUUUACAGAACUUAUUGCUACAUAUAUAUUUUAUCAAUGUUUAAUUAUUAAGAAUAAAAUACAAAUACCAACAUGGUUUAUUUAUUUAUUAUUUAUAAUAUCAUUUUUACAUAUUAUUCUUGCUGUUGGAGAAUUAAAUUUUGAUGAAAUUGAAAGAAAUAUUGUGCUUAUUUUAUCAGAUUUAAUAAAUCUUAUUUGGAUUAUAAUAACACUUAUUAAAUAUUCUCGACUAAGACCAAAUAUACGAACAAUAUAUAUAUGGUUAUUUAUUGCUUUAUGUUUAUGGUUAUUUUAUCAUAUUUUUUGUCAAUUUCGUGAAUAA